AUGGAAACUCAUAAGAAAAUUUAUAUAAGGAGAAAUGAACUCCCGUUAAAUAAAUUUCAUCAAUUGAAAAGAUCUAAAAUUGUUCAAAAAGAAGGAGAGAGUUGCAACAAAUUAAAAAAUAAAUCAGAGAUCUACAAAGGCUAGUAGAGUAAGUAAGAUAAUGCAUUUAAACAAAGAAGGAAAACAGAUUAACAAGAUCUAGAAGCCAAAUAGAAACAACUAAAUUGAAAAUAGAAUAGUAAAAAUAACUACAAAAAAAAAUUGAUUAUUUUGCAGGAAAAUAUAAGAAAAUAAAAUAGGUAGAUCUAAAAAAGCUUAAGAGAUAACAAGAGAAAAUAUAAAAAGAACUGGAAAUUUUUGAGAAAAGAGAACCAUUAUUGGCAUUAGAAUCUGAAAUAUAAGAGAGAAUAAUUUAUGUCAAAUAUUAUUCUAAGGAUUAGAAAUAUAUUUCAUUAUUAGGAAAGAAUUUGAAUGAACAUGCAAAAGAAUAACAAGAACUAUUGAUAAAUGAGAGCAAAAAAUUGUAAUGAUUAAUGAAGUAUAAAAAUUAGUUUAAAUAAAAAGAAUUUAAAAAAUAAAGAAUUAUUUAGGAAACUCUUAAGGAAGUUGAUGAUGAAUUUUGAAGGAUGA